AUGGGAUUCAAUGGAUCGUUGUUCUCGGCCUCUCGCCAUAAAACCAUCGAAAUUCUCGACGGCGAGAGUCAUGAUAUUCUUGCGAACAUUCCAUACCAUUUCCAGUGGGAAGGAAGCAUUGGACUGAUCAAGAUAGUCCCAAACAACAACAUUAUGGCCAAUAGUGACCUCUCGAGGCUGAUUGACAUGAAAAACUAUUUGAUGGGACCCGAUAAUGCCUUCGUACCAUCAUCUCACCGCGUCACCUCGACAGGACUUUCAAGGCGCUGGCCUACCCUAGUGAUUGAGGCUGGUGUACCAGGAUCACUUCCUCGCCUACGUCUAAAUGCGAAAGAUUGGUUUGUUAUUUCAGAUGGACAAGUCCGUAUUGUUCUCCUGAUUGGUAUCACGAAUUCCGAAAUCACCUUCGAGAAAUGGCAACUAGCUCCCACCUCCGCACCACACCCUCUGAUGCGGGAAUCCAUUGGUGAGCUAUACCAACAAAACCCCAAUAUUCCCCCUCUAAUCGGGCCGCCAGCAUCCGGUCAGCAAGCUUACUCCGCACAGGAAGUUUCCUAUUCCUCUCUUUCCCCGCCUGAUCUUCUUAACAGAACCUAUAUUAACAUCGGCUAUAAAAGGGCAAGGUAG